AUGAAUUGUUUACGCAAACGUAUAGUGUUUUAUGAUUAAUUCGAUUAAAUAUUGUAAUUCUAAAUUGAAAAUUUUAGAAUUGUGCGUAUUUAGGGAUUAAAAAUUUUGGGAGCAGCGAGGAUGGAUUUUAUUUUUGUAACAAGAUAUGAGGAAAUUGUUGUCGGCAAUAUUUUUAUUCGCAAAGUUUUUGAUACAAAGUUUGAUUUUAAUUGUAGCAAUAUCUGUUAUAAAUAAUACAUAAUUAAUAAAAUUCAUAAUAAUAUUUCUUCAGCUUAGUGAUCCAAAGCUAAUCAUUUAUUGUCAUCAUUAAUCAUUAAUUAUUGAAUAAAACGUCACUUAUUAAAUUAUUCCUUAUGCAUAUACGUUAUCGCACGUUGACUGCGAGAUCAGAAAUGGAAUUGCAGUGCUAACUACGCUUUCAGGAGUAACGUGGUCAGGCCAGACAGUGCUGGACGGUGCUUCCAACGUUUUCGUCAGCUCCUUGUGUUCCACCCUUCAAGUGUGACAACAGAAAAUAUGCAAGGUUUUAACAGACUGAGCAAUGCACUGCACCACUUUAGAUGCGACAAAUUUGUGCCACCUUCGCUGGUCGCAAGAAACUUGGUGGCGACAAGUACGAAGUCACCCUGGAUCAGAGGAAGCUGAAGACGCCGCAGGGCCGGGUGUUCGAAGUGAACAGCAAACCCCUGGCCCUAGCGGUGGCAGCUGAGUGGGACGCGCAGAAGGAAACGAUCGACAGAGGCAGUAUGCACUUAACGGCUCUGUGCAACACCGUGCUGGACAACCCACAGAGUCGCAGUAAGAUCGACCUGGUGAACCACGUAGUGAACUGCUUGCAGAUGGAUACGAUUUUAUUUUAUUCAAGUGAGGUGGACGAACUGUACUCGCUGCAAAUCGAGAAGUGGGAGCCCGUAGUACGCUGGUUCUGCGAGCACUACGAGGUGGACAUCGCGCGGACUCGGAGCAUAGAGGCGCCCGCGGUGUCCGUGGAAACCAAGGCUGCGUUGACGAGACACUUAUUGUCACGUAACUUCAACAGUAUUUAUGGUCUCGUGUACGCGGUGGACGGACUGAAAUCUGUCAUCCUGACUCUUGCCACUGCCGCGAGAGUAAUCGACAUCCCCGAGGCAGUGAGCCUCUCGCGACUAGAGGAAGAGUAUCAGAUCUCUCAUUGGGGCAAUGUGGAGUGGCAUCACGAGUACAGCAAGCACGAUCUGCAGGCGCGCCUGUCGGCGGCGAUGCUGUUCGUCUACCUGAACUCCCACUCCGCUAGCUCGCGACCGAAAAAUGACGCCCCCGACGUAAGCUAAUCUUGCUCGGGCCGAGAGAGAGAUCACUACGAGUCGAUAGACAUAAAAUUUGCAAGUACAACGUGUCCGGCGAGUUAAUAAUUAAUGUAACAUUGUUAUUAUUAUCCGUAACAGCGAUCGAUUAUUAUUCCGUGCUACGUCCACUAAUUACUUAAAAUUGGCAGAAGAUCCUUCGUGUGCGUCGAGGAGGUUGUCCCCACUGGCGAGUUAGACCGGAAUCGAGCAGUCGGGGCCGAUCCAUUCCUUUGUACACAUACAGCUGAAAAUGCAGCAAUCGACUAUGGGUCUACGUGUAGCAUAUGUUGUAUGAUAAUAUAUAUCGUGACUUUUACGAGCAUAAA